AUGGUGCAUGGUGUUAUUAACCUAAGAAGCACCUUUUACUCUGAAGUGGGAAUUGGGAUCUUGGCCAACACCAUCCUCUUUCUGUUCCACGUCAUCAAGUUCCUGUGUGACAAGAGGCUCAAGAACACAGACUGUAUCAUCGGUCUCUUGGCCCUAACCCACCUCCUGAUGCUCGUCACCAUGGGGUUCAUAGCUGCAGACACUUUUACAUCUCAGGGGGGGCUUUGGGGUGAUGUCACAUGUAAAUCUUUUGCCUACUUGUACAAGUUGAUGAGGGGCCUGUCCAUUUCUGCCACCUGCCUGCUGAGUGUCCUGCAGGCCCUCACCCUCAGCCCCAGAAGCUCCUGCUUGGCAAAGUUCAAGCCUAAGGCCCCACAGGACAGCAUGAGGUCCCUUCUCUUCCUGUGGGUCUUCUAUAUGUCCUUCAGUGCCCACUUCUCCAUCUCUGCUGUUGACAACACCACUGUGACCUCACAGGGCCUUAUAUUCCUCAGUGACUCCUGCACUAUCUUGCCCAUGAGCUACUUCCUCAGGCAUUUGUUUGCUGUCCUGGGUGCAUUACGGGAUGUCUUCCUUAUAGGGCUCAUGGCCCUCUCCAGUGGGUACAUGGUGACCCUCUUGCAUAGGCAUAAGAGGCAGUGCCAGCACCUUCACAGCACCAGCCUGUCUCCAAAAGCCUCCCCAGAACAGAGGGCCACCAGGGCCAUCCUGGUGCUUCUGGGAUUUUUUGUGCUCAUGUACUGUUUGGACUGUGUCAUCUCCUCCUCAAGAACCAUGUGGAACAAUGACCCUGUGUGCCGUUCUGUCCAGAUCAUGGUGUCCAAUGGCUAUGCCACCAUCAGUCCUUUGGUUUUCAUCUGCACGGCAAGACACAGCGUUACCUUUUUGAAAUGUUUGUGGGGGAAGGACAGUCAACGUUGA